AUGGGUGGAUUAAUUUCAAGAUGGAGGGCAAAGCCUUCCACUGUAGAAGUAUUAGAAAAAAUUGAUAAGGAAAUACAGACAUUAGAAGAAUUUAGAGAAAAAAAUCAGAGGCUACAGAAACUAUGGGUUGGAAGGCUGCUUCUCUACUCUUCACUUCUUUACCUUAUUACCUGCUUAAUUGUAUAUUUGUGGUGUCUUCCUGAUGAAUGGACAGCAAGGUUGAUUAUGACACUUCCAUUUUUUGCAUUUCCAUUGAUAAUCUGGUUUAUAAGAACACUGCUCAUUUUUUUCUUUUCCAAAAGGACAGAAAGGAAUAAUGAUGCACUGGAAGAUUUAAAAUCUCAAAAGAAAAAAAUACUUGAGGAAGUAAUGGAGAAAGAAACAUACAAGACUGCUAAAUUAAUCCUUGAAAGGUUUAAUCCAGAAUCAAGUGCAAAGGAGGCUGAACUGCCAUCUGCUGGAACAUCUGCAACCUCAAGACCUGGACAAGAAAUUCGUCAGAGGACCGCAGCUCAAAGAAAUGCUUCUGCACCCCUGCCUGCAAGUCCUAAACAAGGCUCUCCAAAAUCGCUGGUUCCAGCAUCUCCUAAUCUGCAGAGAGACGCAUCACCUCUGAGUGGACCCCCAGAAAAAACCGUUGUGCCACCCUUGCAGUCAAAUGUUUUACCAAGACGCCCUGGAUCCCCUGCUACUUCAGUGUCUGGAAUGGGUCUUCAUCCUCCAGGCCCUCCUUUAGCAAGACCUAUUCUUCCUCGAGAAAGAGGAGUUGUGGAUAGAGUUAUUGAAUAUUUGGUUGGCGAUGGUCCUCAGAACAGGUACGCCCUUAUAUGUCAGCAGUGUUUUUCUCACAAUGGUAUGGCAUUGAAGGAGGAGUUUGAAUACAUAGCAUUUAGGUGUGCCUACUGCUUUUUCCUGAAUCCUGCAAGGAAAACUAGACCUCAGGCUCCACGACUUCCAGACUUCAGUUUUGAAAGAAAGCAAUCUACAGAAUUGCGAUCUGAAACUGCACCUCUAGAAGCUAAAGAAGGAAAGCCCCAGGAGACUCAACAGACAGAAGAAUCUGAAGAAGACACAGCCCAGAUCGUUGAGACAAAUGAGACACAUGAUAAAGCACCAAGUGCUGAGCAGCUAAAUGAUAAGUUAGCUGAAGAGGCUGAAAAAGCAGCAGAGAGCAUUUCAACAACUGAAGACUCUGUUUCAGAGUCUAUUUCAGCUGAACAAAGUGAAGAAUCUUUAAUGAAAACAGAAUAA